UAGGCUGGCUGGAUUCAAAUCCCUACUAGCCGGUGAUCAUAGACAAGUCACUUGGCCUCUGCUGGUCUCAGUUUUUUCACCUGUGAAGUAAAGGGCAUAACAGCACCUACUUCAUGGGGUUGCCACCCUGGCUGGCAGUAAAACCGUCCAUAAAAAUUGGCUGGUGUUACUAUUGGUUGCAUUAAUUUUUAGCAGCCGGAGCCUGUUUUCUCCUGUGAAAUGAAGAUAACCAUGCCCAACCUUAAAGCCACAGCUGGGCCUGGCGGGGGGACCAUGGGCGCCUCGGUCUCCAGGGGCCGGGCCGCCCGGGUCCCCGCGCCGGAGCCGGAACCCGAAGAGGCGCUGGACCUGAGCCAACUACCCCCGGAGCUACUUCUGGUGGUGCUGAGCCACGUCCCCCCGCGCACGCUGCUCGGGCGCUGCCGCCAAGUGUGCCGGGGCUGGCGAGCCCUGGUGGACGGCCAGGCCCUGUGGCUGCUGAUCCUGGCCCGCGACCACGGCGCCACCGGCCGCGCGCUGCUGCACCUCGCCCGCAGCUGCCAGUCUCCCGCCCGUAACGCCAGGCCUUGCCCCCUGGGCCGCUUCUGCGCGCGCAGACCCAUCGGACGCAACCUUAUUCGCAACCCCUGCGGCCAAGAAGGCCUCCGAAAAUGGAUGGUGCAGCACGGUGGGGACGGCUGGGUGGUGGAGGAAAACAGGACAACCGUGCCUGGGGCCCCUUCUCAGACGUGCUUCGUGACUUCAUUCAGCUGGUGUUGCAAGAAGCAGGUCUUGGACCUAGAGGAGGAGGGUCUGUGGCCUGAACUGCUGGAUAGUGGCAGGAUUGAGAUUUGUGUCUCUGACUGGUGGGGAGCCCGACACGACAGCGGCUGUAUGUACAGACUCCUUGUCCAACUUCUAGACGCCAACCAGACUGUUCUAGAUAAAUUCUCUGCUGUGCCUGAUCCCAUCCCGCAGUGGAACAACAAUGCCUGCCUUCACAGACACAGUUUCACUAUGUUGCCUGGGCUGGUCUUGAACUCCUGUGCUCAAGCAAUCCUCCCGCCUCAGCCUCCCAUAGUGCUGGGAUUACAGGCACAAGCCACUGCGUCCAGCCCGUGCAUGUUUUUGAGUGCAUCAAUUCCAGCUCUAAGAUUGACAAGAACUACUCCUGGAAACUUUCCCCUCCUCCCAAAGAAAAAUAAGAAGAAACACCCGGUCUUGCCUUUCCAAGCUGCUGGACUGAUUUGAAUUCAAAUUGACCGUGACCCUCCAUUUGAUACCUAUCCUUCCACCUGCUCACCUGCCACCUGGGGUGGCCCAGCUCCUGGAUCUUCCACCAGAACGCCCAGCUGGGGUUGCUGUCCACACUCCUCAGGCAGAGACACUGUUGUCAUGGACAUGCAAAACCCAUCUGGAAUUGACUGCCUUGGGCAUUCCCUCUGACAGCAAGGACUGAGCAGAUCUGUUUGGACUGGUCUGGCAACUUUAGGGCUGGAGGGCCCAGGCUGGAAGACCACAAUGGGGCCCCUGAACCUCUAAUGAAUGCACCUCCUGCCUGGGGUUCCCUAAAAACUGUAAACUCUCCGUCUCCAGGGGGCACCACAUGUGCCCUCUGGGAUUGUACUUUUCUGGGUUUUUUUUUUUUUUUUUUUUUCGGAGACACCCAGGCUAGAGUCCAGUGGUACGAUCUCAGCUCACUGCAGCUUCGAAUUCCUGGCCUCAAGUGAUCCUCCCGCCUCAGUCUCCCAAGGAGCUGUGACUAUAGGCGCACACCACCAUGCCUUUUUUGCAUUUUUUGUAGAGAUGGAGUUUCUCUAUGUUGCCCAGGCUGGUCUUGAACUCCUGGGCUCAAGUGAUCUUCCCGCCUUACCCUCCCAAAGUACUGGGAUUAUAGGCAUGAGCCACCGCACCUGGCCUGGGAUUAUAUUUCAUGUGUGUGUUGUCCCCUGAUUAUUAGGACACUGUCUUAGCCCUGAACACUGUUCAGAUCAGCUUCAACUUACUGGUCAGCUGUACUUGCUGUGCCUGAGUCAAUGUGUUGAACCACAAAAACAAUUCAUACAGAAACAAGGAGGAAGCCACUUGGCUUUCGAAGCUAGAUCUCUGUGGUUAGUGGGAUGUGCUUUUUUUUUCUUUUUUCUUUUUCUUUUUUUUUUGAGAAGGAGUUUCGCUCUUGUUGCCCAGGCUGGUGUUCAGUGGCGUGAUCUCGGCUCACCGCAACCUCCGCUUCCCGGGUUCAAGCGAUUCUCCUACCUCAGCCUCCCGAAUAGCUGGGAUUACAGGCAUGCACCACCACGCCAGGAUAAUUUUUUGUAUUUUUAGUAGAGACAGGGUUUCUCCAUGUUGGUCGGGCUGGUCUCGAACUCCCAACCUCAGGUGAUCCACCCACCUUGGCCUCCCAAAGUGCUGGGGUUACAGGAGUAAGCCACCGUGCCUGGCCAAUUUUUUUUAUUUUCAGUAGAGACGGGUUUUUCACCAUGUUUGCCCGGCUGGUCUCGAACUCCUGACCUCAAGUGAUCCACCCACCUCGGCUGCCCAAGUGCUAGGAUUACAGGCAUGAGCCACCACGCCUGGCCAGGCCAGUUUUACUUUGUACAAUGUCUCUCCUUUUGCUUUUGUCUGAUGUUUCUUUAUAAUUAGAUUCAGAUUAUACAUCUUUGGCAAGAAUAUCACAGAAGAGACUUUUCUGUGUGUCCCCACUGCAUUUAUCAUGUGCUGCACGAUUUCAAUUCGUCCCAGUAUUGAUGACAUUUCACCUUGAUCACUUGAUUUAAAGUGGCAUCGGCCAACCUUCACUGUCAAGUUACUUUACUCUUUGUAAUUAGUGUUUCAUAAGUUCUUUAAAACAGUGUAAAUAUCCCAUUCUUCAUCAACCUUUGGAUUCAUUCAUUUAUCUACAUAUAUCAGUAUUGACUUGUGGUUUCCUA